AUGUCGGCCGAGGACAAACGGACCUUCUCGGUGCGAAUGGCCACUCUUAUGUCUAUCACAAAUACCUCUAUGCGGCUUCUCUUCCAUGCCACGGAGGGAGCAGCUAGAGCCAGUGGAACAGGCAUUGUAUUACGACGACAGGCCUGGCUCAGUCUCUGCGACUUUGCGGAACACUUCAAGGCUUCCUUCACGAACGCCCACUUUGACGGUUCUACGCUUUUCAGCAAAACCAUCCACUAUACACUACUCCAGAGCGAGAAGGAUGGGAAAACGUCUGCCAUCGGGAUUCGAGGAGCUGACAAACAGCAAAUGGAUGCAGAGCUUCGAAAAGAAAUGAUGGCAAUCUGGCCACACCUCUCCCAGAAGACCUUGGACCUCCUAGUUACUCCUCACAAAUGUCGGGCAACAGACCUAACAGUGGGGAAGAUCUAUGCAGCCAUGAUGAUCAUGGAAUACUACCGCCAGAGUAAAGCCAAAAAACUGCAGGCUCUGCGAGAGGAGCAGAAUCGGACACCAUUAAUGUUUCAACGUAUGGAACCACCAUCACCAACACAAGAGGGUAUGCCUGGGCAAAACACCUUGCCUUCAAUACAACCAGACCAAGGAAUGGGCCACCCACAAGAAGGAGGUAUGACAGAGAGUCAGUCUUGGGUCACUCAGCGUGCUCAGGAAAUGUUUCAGAAAACAGGGACGUGGAGCCCUGAACGAGGACGUCCAGAAGACAUCAUCAACAACCAUCCAGGUUCUCAGUCUGUAGAGAUGAGAGAGAUGGGAAAAGAUGGGUAUUCGGACAGUGAACACUAUCUCCUUAUGGAUGGGCCUGGGCGUGCUGCCUCAAUGCCUCGGCUCCCAGCAGAAAACCAAACCAUAACAGACACAAGUCCAAUCAGGAGGUCAGCUUCUACCUUGGGGCACCCUCGUUCCAAAGGCAUGCAUCUGGAUGACUAUUCCCUGGAGCGAGUGAUUCCAGAGGAGAGCCAGCGACAUCAGCGGCGUCGGGAACGCAGCUAUAGGGCAUCAGAGCGGUCACUAAGCCGGUACACUGAUGCUGACACAGGUCUUGGAACUGAUCUCAGCACAACUACCCAAUCAGGUGAUCUCCCUCCAAAGGAGAAAGACAGGGAAAGAGGCAGGCCAAAAGACCGGAAACAUCACCACCAUCAUCACCAUCACCACCACCACUCGUCUUGUGACAAGGAACGUUACUCUCAGGAGAGGCAUGAGUACAGUCAAGCUCGAUCAAGGGACAGACGGUGGUCAAGAUCACCCAGUGAAGGACGGGAACGUAUGCCACACAGACAGGGCAGUAGUUCUGUGAGCGGGAGCCCAGUUCCUUCGACAUCUGGUACUAGCACACCAAGGCGUGGACGCAGACAACUACCCCAGACCCCCACCACACCCAGGCCACAUGUUACCUACUCCCCAGUGGUCCGUAAGGCAAUGAACACCAUGUCUCAGCAGCCACCACUGUCACAGUCUGGUAGGAUACCAACCCCUGUGCCACGAAGAUACUCUCCACAUCCCACGGACUAUUCAGCCAGGGACCAGCAGAGCGGCAGCAGCCAUAAAAGCAGCAGGUCACCUGGCACAGAUAAACACACUGUACCUCGCAAUGAAUCACCACGAACACAUCGCCACAGCAGCAAUCGGUGGUCAACAGCAAGCUCUCACAUCUCUGAGCCAUAUCCGGGAUCCCAUCAGGAGUACUGCAGUCCUGAAUAUGACGAGCCAAGUGGAAAUACACUCCCCUUUGAAACAAGUGCUGCAACCAGCUCAAGACAGUCACCCAGGACUUCAAGGGUAGUGCCAUCAACAGUCUCGCCGUCCAGACAUGGGCGGCGAUUACCAAAUGGAUAUUAUGCUCAUGGGGCAAUGAAUCCCAGAGGUCCUGGCACACGAAAGAGAAUGCAUGAGCAGUACAGUGAAACUGAUGAUGAUGACUGGUGCUAGCCUGAAUUUAUUUUCAGAAAAAAAUUAUAUAUAUUAUAUUUAAAUAAUUUUAAAUUUCUGAAGAAAACCAGGGGAGUGACUGGGUUUCUGCAGUUCGGGGACUUUGUCAACUAAAUAUGAAAUUUAAAGAAAAGAAUAUAUGUUUUAUGGGGGGUGGUGGGAAAAGGUUGGGGUUUCUGAGCAUGUAAAGAAAUUGGUUACAGAAUCUUCAGAAGUUGGGGGGUGUUGUACAAACACUCAGGGGGAAGUAUAUACCCCCAACAGCAAAACAAAAUCAAGCUAUGCCUCUCAGAAAUACUAUCUACUUUACAACAAAAAAAAACUUGCUAAAUGAACUUUUGGAAAAUGUUUGCCUAUAUUGAUGAGUUUUAUCAUCUCAGUUUACCUGUUAAUAUAUCAACUUCUUGAAAGUUCAUAGCCUCACAAUUUUUGUGAGGAAUUGAAGGAGUUGAUUAACAAAAAUAAAAAAAAAAAACUAAUAAAAAAAAACACUAAAAUGCAUACAAAACAGCACUCUUUAGAUCAUGUCAGUACCAUCCUACUAUUGCCUGCGGAAAAAAAUUUCAAAAAUUAAAAAAAAAAAAAAAAACUUUGAUGAGAGAUGCUAUCUGGCCCGGUUGUUUCCUUUCCACCUUGUUUUUCUGCUUUGUUUGAACUUUGGAGUUAUGACCGUGGAGCCUUGCAUGAAUAUAAAUCGAGAAUUUUCGAAUGAGCUGUUAGUCUUUAUAUGUGUUCUGAAGUUCUCUUUCUCAGAAAAGUCUACUUUCUCUUGUACACAAAAUGCCAUAUUACAACUUAUUGUACCUUAUUCUUCACCUCCGUGACUGCCGUUUUAAUCCUGAUCAUAAAGCAGUCCAUGGAAAGUGAAGUAGUUCUAUCAAAAUGCAUUUUAAAUAAAUGUGUAGCUCAGGCCAAACUCAUCUGUAUCAGUGAGCUGAUGUGUUAUCUUCUUGGAAAGGUACUUCUGAUGUUCUUAUUUAUUAAUGUACGUAUGUAUGUAAUUAUUACUAUUUCUUUUAGAAACAUAUUUCUUUCCUUUUUCCUGAACAUGGUCACUCAGUCCUGCCCUACCACAGCGCUCCCCAUUACCUACCACAGCGCUCUCCAUUAUUUUCAGUACUAUUUUCUAUCAUGGAUCCAUGUCAUUUCACUGAAGACACUUUAAAUGAAACUGCUACCACUUAACAUAACCCUGAAAACCACUUUCAUUGAUGAGGCAAGCCUUCUGCCCCUGUACCUCCUAUGCUGGGGGGGUCUCACAUCCCUGCACUCCCCCUACAUAGCUAUAGUAACUUUAUUUUUGUUUUGUACAACAGUGAAAAAGGUCAGACACCUUGGAAGUGAAACACUUCUCACAUAACAUUUACAGCACUAGAAACAUAAUUAAAUGAUAUAAGAAGUGAAACACACAAAUCAAAUCAACAAUUCAAACAAAAUUAAAAAAAAGAAAGUUUAAAAUAAUAAGAAAACACAUUUAAAAACUUCAGGCUUAAUGUGAUGGAAGAGAUUUCAUUGAAAGUGUCAUCAGUGAAAUGAUGUGAAUUCUGUUGUCACUGAUCUCUCUGUGAGUUGUAUCAGGAGAGGACUGACUGUAUGGCACCUAAGCACUAAAAAGGCACUGAAGAUUAAAGGAGGUGUUGUCAAUGAACUGCUUGAGUUUCACUUUAAAUGCUAAAGUGUUUUGCUCCUGUUUGUUUGAGUUGCAUUAGUGUCUAGUUUAUGGCUCAAAAAUGUGCACAUACAUUCAUUUGUGUGCAUGCAUGCAUGCAAACACAUACAUUCAUGUGUGUACGCACGCAUGUCCAUGCAUGUAUAUAUGUGUGUGUUGGUGAAUGUGUAUGUGUAUGUAAGUAUAUUUGCAUAUGUGUGCAUCUUAACUUCCACAGGUUAUCUGCCAGGGUGACAGUACUGUGGUAUACCCUGGACAUCACCAAAUUUCGAAAGCAGCAUUGCCUUGAUAUUAAGACCCUUCUCUCCUAGUGUUGUGAAGAACAAGUUCAUAGUGCAACCCUGGGUUACUACCUUCAUGAUAUGUGUUUCUGACACUGUAAAAGUACACAACUCUGUGCUUUUUUACAUCUCUAUGCUAGUUCCUAAGUGCUUAGUUAGCCACAGUUGCCAUGGUUACAGACUCCACCACCACCAUCAUCAUCAUCAUCAUCAUCCCAACAUCCCCAGGAAUUACUUUGAGUGCCAUAGCUCCUUUAAAAUGUAAUUUCAUUGCUUCUCUACAAAGAUUAGUAGUAAUCAUUCCUCAAAAUAUGCUGCAGAAAAGAUAGAUUUUUUAAAUGAUUGUCUAUCCUUUCAGUCCACAUCCUGUGGAAGCAUUAUCCAUCUGUAUAAGUUCAUAGUUCAUAGGUUAGUACUAGGCCAACUGCCCUUGUGAGCCAUUUUAAGCCUAGCCAAUUAUCCUCUGCAAGACUCAAACCCUGUACCUUCUGUUUGUAAGGCAAACAUCUUAACCAUUAGGCCACCCUCCCAACAGAGUAUCACCUGGUGUCCUGGCUUACAGUAUCGACAUAAUAUAUAAUAUAAUGCAGUAAUAUAAAGACAUGGGUUUCAAGUAUAGGAUGAGAGCCUUUAUUACCUAUCUAAUAGACAUAAUAUCUGUUAUCAAAAAAUAAUCUAAACUUGAAUUAAAUUUGGCCAGACUCUCACAUGAAGGAGAUGUGAGUUCCAAAUACCCACUACUCUCUGUGAAAGCCAGGAGGUUAUUCUAUUAUUUCUACUUAAUUUCCUCACAAUCACAAAUAAUCACUCUUGUCACAUCUAUGAAAGCCCAAGCCCUCCCACCUGGAACUUUAAAUACCUGUAUUGGGUAACCUGUUACAUAUUUGUAGGAGACCGACACAGGAUCUGAGACUUUAAUAGUCCAUCUAGUCUGUCUGUCUGCUUGUUUCCCUUUGUGAAGAUAAGCAGUAAGUAAUGUCUAAGCAACAGAAUAUUCACACACACACCCAAAAGAUCUGCUGUAUGUCUAUUACCUGCAUUCUUGAAUGUCUUCACUAUGUUUGACUGCAGUACAUCCUCUUGGAGAUUGCUUUUAUCAACCAUCAUCAUUUCUGUGAUUCAGAAAACGUUGCCAUUGUUUUCAUUGAACGUUUUACUAUCUGUUCUUGAAUUGUGUUCUGCCUGAACUGCUUAAAAGUUUAUGUCAUUCUUCCAUACUAUAUGAAACUACUGAUGGCUUUGGAUGCAGAUAGUGCAUCAUGUUUAUAAUUGUCUGCUGAACUGUCCUAGUCCUAUGACCUUAGAAUAAAAACAAAUCUCCAUAACUGCAAACAUUGCACUUGAUAGGGUUUCAUGUCAUCUGAUAUGAAAACACCAGCUCCCUAAACUUUUCCUACCCAGAGAAACACUGUUAAUAUUUAUUAUGUGUAUUUAGAGGACAACUGCAUCCCCCACUGUAAUUAACGUUAAUUCCAGUUAUCGGUCUUGCUGUUAUUUCAUAGAUGUCAUUCAUUGUCCAGAAAUCUCUCAGUACUUUUCAAUUUCUUCAUAUCUAUCUAAUUAUCCUUUUUAUUUAAUUAUCUGUUUUAUUAAUUUAUUUACAUUUGCUUAUCAGGCUAGAACACUGAUCAAGCAUGACCAGUUGCAGGCUCAGCCUGGGUUCCUUGCGACCAAUCAUUAAAGUCCCAUCAUCUUUUUGUUAGUUAGGUCAGUUAUCUCAACCUGUAGACUUUUUGGUAUAGAGGAUUACGGCGACAACCUGCUAACAAACUUCAUCAUGUAAUCCUGUGGUUGGGUCCCUUAGUCUGUGUUUCAUUUGCCAGCUGUGUGACUGUGAGUAAGUCACCUAACCAGACAUUGCUUUUUGGCAUCCACUGACCACAGGCCACAACUUGGUUAGCAAAAUAUAUAAACAAAUGAAUAGGAUGGACAACACACUUUCUGUUGUCUGCACUCCUAGAUACUGCCCACAGUUUUGUUUCCUUAGACCAUGUCUUAUUGAGGUCAGUAAAGUGCUGUGAAGCACAAAUAACACCAAAAUGGAUUUUUUUUUAAGUCAUUACUUGGAGAUAUCUGGUUGAAGAACUAGAAUGAGUUUGACUUUAAUAGUACAUAAAUGAGCUGGGGACUGGGCCCAGUAUUGCCCUUGCAUUAUCCCUCUAAUAACCAUCAUUUUAUUUAUACAGUUAUUUUGUUUUUGAUAACCUGGUUAAUCCCAUAGUACCAAAUGCUGCUUCACAGGGGAGGACCUGGGGAUAAAACUCUACAAUGCACACAUAGUUACAAGUUUUUUUAGAGACGCUAGUAAACCUAAGGAGGAGGUGAUAGAGCGGUGUAAGAAAAACAGAGUUCUUGAGAAAAAACAACAUGCAGACAUUGCUCGAGCUUUCAGAUUCUACCCAAACACCAGAACUAAACCCCUUACCCUGAAGCCUAGAGGCUGCAGCACUAAUCACUGUUUACUGUUACCCCUUGUGCCUCACUGUUUAAAAGGUAUUUACCUAUGGCAUCCAUAAGAUCCAUUCCAGGGUUGCCUUUUACAUGCUAUUUUGAUAAAUACCUUUCUAAGUCCAGACAGUUCAGCAGCAGGGUAGGAUGUAUGCAUAUACAAAAGAAAAAAAAUUAAGUGAGUGCUUCAUGUGGGACCUGAACCCAGUUUAAACAUAUUUUGAUUUCCUUGUGUUUAUAAAUUAUAAUUAGGCCAUGUCCAUAGCCUCUUCCUGGUGCAACAUCCUGGUUAUCUAGUCAAACAGCUCUGUGGAUCCCUCUGACAACACUUUCCCAUUCUGAAUCCAUGUUGCCUGGGGUCAUUUGCCCCACUGUCUUCCAGAUGUUCCAUAAUUGUUACCUUUGAAAGUGUUUCUAUGCUUUUCCCCUACAGAAAAUACUAGAUAGAUUGAAUGGUUAUUUCUAGCAUUCUGUCUUUGUCUUGCUCUCCUUCUUGUGAAAUAGAAUCACAGAUGCUGUCAUGGCAGUCUACAGGAAGAUUAACUUCCUCCUAUGAGUUGAUAAAAACAAUAUUGGUGCUGGUGUCAUUAGAUAGCCCAACUAGUUUUUUUUUAGAAAUCUACUUUGUUCUUAUUCCAUUACUUUCACAUCCUGAAUGAUUAUCUGUCAGCAUAAACCUCUGUAACAUCUCACAAACCAGCUAGAGGGCCAUACACAACAAAACUGCUAUUUUACAUAAAAGUAGCCAAAUAUAUGAAACCUUCUGUCCCAUUAAAAUCAUCCUUCAAAUUGCAGACCAGUUUUACUGAUAAAUGCCUCCUACUGCAACAUGAUCUGUUAUCAUUAAAGUUAAUUUGUUGUCUUCUUUACAGAAAACACUACAUAUUCCACCAUCAUUGGCAACGGAAUGUGCACCACACACAUGGGAAAGGGUGAUAGUGCAUGAAAAAUGCAGAUUCUUAAACUGUUUUCUGUUUGAUUCCUGAUAUGCUCCAUUUUAUCUGUAUGCCCAGAAUUAUGAAUCUCUAAAGACCACUAGUUUUAUCCAGUUAUCAAACAGAUUAAAUAUUUUAGGGUACUAUUUUUUUGUGAUUUACUCAAAAUGUGUUGAUUUUACAGUUAAACCGUUUUUGGUAGUACAUCUGUAAUCUUCAUAUCCUUUGUGAUGUUAAACCUCAAUAAAAACUAAAAGCAAACUCAACAACCAAAAUUAUUUUGAAGACCUUCAGUCAGAGAGUCAUUGGAUGGAUGAUAAGUCCUGUAGUGGACCUCUUUGAAAGUAGACUUGCCUAUCAUUCUGAGGCCGGAUUAGCUGGAAUUGCAUUGUGAGCUUUUUUGUUCUGCAUUAACCUAACUUGCUCAGUUUUGCUGGGAUUUCCCAAACCAAGAAAAUCCUGAAAGUCUUACUAUAGUUACAGGUUUGCUGUUCCUCCAAAACAAUCGUACUGUACAAGCAAUACAUAAUAGGAAAGAGCUGAAAUUCUAUCAAGCCUUUCUAUGUAUUAUGACUUGCACUAGACAGUUGCUGCAAGCCCCACUACAAAUCUGCCUUUUUCCACUUAUUCCAGGCUCUUUUGAAAUGUUCUGUAGAUUUGUAGUUCACUGCCUUUUCUGGCAAUCUUGCAGUGAUUUAACUUAAGCCUAAGUUCUACAGUGUCUUUCAAAUCUUAGUAGUGGUGAGACUUGAUAGAAUGCCACUCUGGGACUGAUCUGCAUAAUAACUGAUCUGGAUGUCUGCAUGGUAUCAACAUGUUAAGGAGAGAAUGAUGAUUGUGCAUGGUAUGGAAGCUUCUACUGAGAUUUGGGGAUUCUACAGUUGGUCACCUUUCUGAUUUUAUUUCCUACAUAGAAACAUAACCAUCUGUCUCGUUAUCAAGCUAUGACAGUCAUGAUAUUCUGACUUGAACAGACAUCACUCUGUCACUUUCCAUCUCACUUCAACAUCAACAGCCAUCAUUUCCUUAAUCCAGACCUAGCCUAAGAAGGCUUCCUUCACUUACAUUUUCCUGUGAAGAUGACAUAUCGUUGCUCUGUUUGAAACCUCAAGAAAAAUGAGAAUGUUUUUCUGGAAUGAGAGAACUUCAGAUGUAUCUGUUUUGUUUCAAAUGACAGCCCUUUGUAGAUAUACUGUAUGACCACAUCUUGAAAUGAAGCCAAAAGGUCUUUUUUCAGUGUACAUUCUUCUGAUUGUUAGUCUGCUGUUUUAUUUGUAGACCAUUCCAUCAUCUGAAUGUAACCCACACUGCAAAUUUCAUUCAAUGUUUUUUAAUCUUUAAUGGACAGGUUUAAAGCAUGCAGUGCAUUGUGGGAUUCCCACUGGGAUAGGCAAGAUAAUGGUGAAAUAACAGACUUUUAGGUGCAUGAACCCAGAUGUCAUUAUGGGAAUUUGCCACAAAAUCUAGCUGAGAUUUUUGUAUUGUUAGUCAACAAUUUGCUUAGGCAUUGAUAUUUUUUUUUCAUAACACAGAAUAUCAAACCCCCAAAAGUGAAAAAAAUAAACAUUGUCAAUGAUGAACAUUACCAUGAUUUGUUAAUUAAACUUUUGAGAUAAACAGGC